AUGACUGCCAAACGGUUUCGACGCUCCUUCGUAGUUACAAAUGUUUCAUUUGACGAUUGUCGCUGUCCUUGUCGCUAUCUCUGUUGGGACGGUUUCGGCGCAAGCACUGCUGGUCAGAGGGAACAGAGCCCGGGGAAAUUGCUGCAGACGUUAUGCGAAGCGAACUCGUGUGGAUCAAACGCGCCACGGAAACCCAAGUUGUCACUAUUCCGUCUCAGCCUGUCGUUGUGCAUCAGAAAGACUCUUAAGAACACUAAAUAG